AUGAAGAACGCCCCGGGGAAGCUACGCAAUGGGUUGAAGUGGAUUAACCAAGAGGAUUUUGCCGACAGCGACGGAGAUGGCGAGGAAGUGAGACUAGUCAACAGCUGGCGCCACGGUAAUGCAGCUUUCAAGGUCGUCGAUGACCUAAAGUUUCCACCGCGACUAGUGACGAGCAUGUGUCUCGUCAAUGAUAUAUCGUUGGAAAUCACUGUCGUUAAUAGUGGCUCCGAGACUGUGACCGUACAGUCACGGGGCCAGCAGAAGUUCCUCGUCCCAUGGGGUCCUUCAGCUACCGAAACGAAUACCCUCGACGGUCGCCGCAGGGUCAUUGAUCAGUCAGAGAUGAAUCGUCUGCCCACAUCAAGUUUUCUCAUCGUCAAUGCCGCGACUGGUAAAAUGAUGCACAGGCAACAGACCAGCAUCUGCCAAUUGCGGCAUGCGAAAACCGACCUGAGAGCCAAGAUGGAUGAGUUGGUCACUUUGAAACCUGGAAUCCCAUUAGUCAGUUCAUUCGAUAUUGGACGCACGCUCCGAAGCCUUGAGGAUGGCCGAUAUAUAGUUCGGAUGCGUCCAAAGGGUUGCACAUGGUGGUGUGGUGAGCUGGAGAAGGAAGAGGGAGAAGGCGACAGGGUUCCCGCCCGUUCGUGGAAGGGUUUCACUGUUCCAAUUAUGCUGGCUUCAGAGGAUGAGUUGGGCAUAACCAUCAAGGAUGGGAAAGUAAAUGGAAAUGUGUGA